AUGACUGCCUGCAGCAGUACGUGUGCGUGUUCGAGCGCGGAGGAGUGUGUGGCGAGAGGCUGCUCAGGAUCAGCCACGCCGAGCUGGAGGACCUGGGAGUGUCUCGCAUCGGACACCAGGAGCUCAUUCUGGAGGCCGUCGACCUGCUGUGUGCACUGGGUUGCGGGGAGUGCUGGAGCCUAUCUCAGCUGCAUUCGGGCGGAAGGCGGGGUACACCCUGGAUAAGUCGCCACCUCAUCGCAGGGCCAACACAGAUAGACAGACAACAUUCACAAUCACAUUAGCGACGCAUCAAACAUUAAGUCGCUACUGUGCCGACGUUUCCCAAAAUAAAGCACAACUUAAAUCAGGGGUGCCAAACGUACGGCACGCGGGCCUGAAAGGAUUUUUUUGGGCCUGCGUGAUGAGUUUGCCAAGUAUAAAAAUGAGCUGCUUUUUUUUUUAAUGAAAGAAACUGGUGUUCUAAAUGUGUCCACUAGAUGUCACAAUAGCAAUUCUGUUAGGCAAGCAAACAGCAAGAGGUACACAGUAAAGGGUGACUUUGGCUCCUCCUCCUCGACCCACAUGAAACUUAAAACCUGCCGUUUUAUGUCUUCUGCUUCGAACACCGUCUUUUGGUACCCUCCUUGCUCCAAAAUGUCUCUGUCAAACACACGAAAAGUGAACUUAACCCAUCACAAAAGAGGUAUUUGAUACCUAAAAGAGUUUACAUGUGUUUUUUGUUCAAUCCCAGAAAUACUGUGUCUUCAAGUUUAAUCCUGGCUUUGUAGAUACACUGAGACAAAGUCUAAGCUCAAUGUGGUUUUGAAGCUGCACCAAUUUCCUCAGAAAUUUCAACAAAAUUGAAGUAUUUUGUCCAUAGGAUUAUUUGUGAUUUGUACGUUUUCAUAAUGUGCUUGUGCUAUUUUUAGCCAAAGUAAACAACCUGGAGUUGUCUUUAUUUCUAAGUUAUCAUGCCAGGAUUUUACCGUUACGGCCCACUUGGGAAUAGAUUUUCCUUUAUGCGGCUCAUGAGCUAAAAUUAGUUUGACACCCCUGACUUAAAGCCUUGUUCAGCUGUUUAUUAACCUAUACUGUUCAUAUUUAAAUAUUUUCUUCUGCAAAUGAAUAUCAGUUAUUGGCCUUCUUGAUAACUAAUAACCGGUAUUGGCCCUGAAAAAAACAUAUCGGCCGAUUUCUAAUUAAAAGCCCUUUAAAACUGUCCAAGAAUAGAUUUUGGACACUUCGGAAACAAAUAAUAUGAACUCGGGCCUAGAGACGGAGAGUGUCAGGACUCUGGCUCACAAGCUCGGCGCCUCGGCCAAAAAUCUUCAGAACUUUAUCUCCGGACGCCGCCGCAGCAGCCAGUCCGAAAGCAGAACGUCGCGGCGGCUCCCCAAUGACCUGCUGACCUCGGUGGUCGACCUCAUCACUGCCGCCAAGAGCCUGCUAGCUUGGUUGGACAGGUCUCCUUUUGCUACUGUGGCAGAUUACUCGAUAACCCGAAAUAACGUCAUCCAGCUCUGCCUGGAGCUCACCACCAUCGUGCAGCAGGACUGUACGGUGUUUGAGACGGAAAAUAAAAUCCUCCACGUGUGUAAGACUCUGUCCGAGGUGUGCGAGCAUAUUGUGUGCGUGUCGUCUGACCCGCUGGUAUCCCAGUCGGCCCACCUGGAGCUCGUCCACCUCAACAACGUCAAAGCCGCCGAAGGCCUGGGAAUGUACAUCAAGUCGACCUAUGACGGCCUCCAUGUGAUCACAGGAACCACUGAGGGGUCUCCGGCCGACCGCUGUAAGAAGAUCCACGCCGGGGAUGAAGUCAUUCAAGUCAAUCAUCAGACUGUGGUGGGCUGGCAGCUGCGCAACCUGGUGGGCUCGCUGCGGGCCGACAAGGGCGUCGUGUCCCUGACCUUGAAAAAGCGUCCGCAGAGUACGCUCAGCUCGGCUCCGGCCCUGCUCAAGAACAUGCGAUGGAAGCCCCUGGCUCUGCAGCCAACCAGAAGCCCGGGCAGCAGUUCAGCCACGCCCUCAAACACCCCCACCAAGAGCUCCGCCCUCCAGGAUCUUUACAUUCCACCUCCACCCAUGGAACCCUACGCCCCCAGAGACGAGACGGGCGCCUUGUCUGGUGACGAAGUGUCCCGCGGCCACGGCGGGGGCGUCGCCAAACGGUCCGAUUCGCCCAACUCCUUCCUGGAUCAAGAGUCUCAGCGGCGAGAAGACGAGGAGCCGGUUUACUGCACCACGCCUACAUAUGGCAGGCUCCGGCCUAUCUCCAUGCCUGUGGAGUGCAACUGGGGGGGCGACUACGAAGACCCCGCCAAGCUUAAGAGAGAAACCCGCAGAGAAGCGACGCUGAUGCGCUACGUGGGCCUGCCGGGGGCCGACGAGCGACUUGGCUCCGACGACUACGCCUCCCACACGGCCCGCCCGGGCAAGCGGUCCAAUGACACUGCCAAGCGCGCCAAAAGGCGCAGCCACCACAGCCAAAGUCCCUCCCACUACAUCCUCCAGGCAAACCAGAGAGAGUCGCCACCGAGAGACCCCGCCUCCAUUUAUCACACGUACCAACAGGCCUCGUCGCUACAGACAAAGACUCGCAAGAAAAAUAAAGGACGAAGUUUGGCCGCCCUGAGUCGCAGGCGUGUUUCCUGCAAGGCGCUGGGCCGAGGUGACUGCGAGGGCUGGCUGUGGCGGAAGAGAGACGCCAAGGGUUACUUUUCUCAUAAAUGGAAGAAGUACUGGUUUGUUCUGAAGGACAACUGUCUCUACUGGUACAUCAACGAAGAGGAUGAGAAAGCAGAGGGCUUUGUCAGUCUUCCAGAGUUUAAAAUCGACCGCGCCAGUGAAUGCCGCAAGAAGUAUGCUUUUAAAGCGUGUCACCCCAAAGUCAAGAGCUUCUUCUUUGCAGCAGAUGGAGUGGACGACAUGAACAGGUGGCUGAGUCGACUCAAUAUGGCCGCUGUGGGCUACGCAGAGCGAGAGAGGAUACGCCAGGAGCAAGAUUACUGGAGCGAGAGUGAGCAUGAGGAUGACGCCACCUCCAGCCCCAAACAGGACAGCCCGCCACCUCCAUAUGAUACCUACCCACGGCCCCCAUCAAUGAGCACUUACUUAGAAGGCCGUACUACUCGACUGUCUUCCACCGAGACGUCCCGUUCCCGCUCGUCCCAGGAGGACUUUCUCUGCGGAGAGCCCUCUGCGGCGGCGUCCGCCGAACCGCAGUACCACCCCGGCCCUAUGGUGAGCGGCACCACGCACAGCAGCAGGAGGCCGGGCGGCAGCAGCAGCAGCGACGUGCCGUACCGUUGUGACCCUGUGGAGUACCGUUCCAGUCCAGCAGGGGGCAGCAGCGACACCGGGUCCCCUGGUCGAUCGUCCUCGUCUCAGAGACGAUCCUGGCAGGACUUGAUCGAAACGCCGCUGACGGAAGCUGGACUCCAUUACCUGCAAACAGGACCGCUCGAAGACGCAGUCUUUGUGGAGCCUAGUCUGGCUGGGUCAACGUCCAUGAUGGCCGGGGCCGUGUACACGCUGCCCGCUCCAAGGAACGUACCGUUGCCAAUAGCGAUGCAGAGGCUCAUUCCCAUGGCAACCCAUGAAGGGAAACCCCGCAGCUUCACGCUGCCACGCGACAGCAACCUACACACACUGCUGGUGCCGCCCGCCAAAGACGAGCAGCAAACGUACAGCAGUGGCAGCGAGGGUGCGUCCCUCGGCGACCUGUUCCGUGCGUGCGAGCAAGGCGGCGUGUGUCCGCUGGGCCGGGAAUCCGAGGUCAGAGGUCAGUCGGAGUUCAGGCAGUCCUUCCUGCGGCGGACCGCCGACCCGCAGCUUAACGAUCGUCUGCACCGCCUCCGCAUACUGAGCUCCACGCUGAAGGACAGAGAGGGGGAGCUAGCGCUGAUUGACAGGCUCUUGGGCCACCCCCAGCUGUCGUCCACAGAGUUCCAGGAGUGGAAGCGAGCUUAUCACGAGCUCUUUUCCCUGCCGCCAAGCGAGGCCGAAGAGUCUGAGCCCGGCCCCCCGUUGACACCCUCGCUCUCUCACACUCACUCCUACAUUGAGACCCACGUCUGAUGCACACACACACACACACACACACACACACACACACACACACACACAUACACAUGCGCGCCCCCGAGAAAGCAACGGACAAUAUUGAACCGAGAUGAUUGACAGGACUAAAAUGUCAUCUUUUACACACACGAAAACAUUUUGGACAUCUUUUAUCACUUGUGGUUUUCUGCGUAUUUGUCACGUGUUGCUGCCUUGUUCUUCUUCUGCAUCGUUGAAUGAAGCAGUCGGGUUCUAAAUAAGACUCUAGAACAGUGUUUCUUAACCAUUGUUGGGGCUGGAGCGCCAUCUAAAGGGCCACCAAAAAUAUCACAUUUUCUCGGUUGUAUUACACUUUUCCACCACUUGUGGCAGUAAUGACAAUCACAAACAAACAGAAGGAGUCUGGAGUUAAAGUCAUUGAGAUGUUUCUUAAGCGCAAAAAUUAUGACUAAAUGGGAGAAACUGUAUUUGUCUUUUGCACAUUAUUUUAUUGGCAGUUUAUUUAGGAAAGUUAUAGUUGUAUUCAUUUUCGCAAUGCAAAGUAGUAUGUGCAUUUAUUUUUCAUGAGGUUUUAUGAGUUAGCAUUUUUUUUUUUCGUAUUUCAUCUUGUAAUCAGACUUGAUUAUAAUCUUUGUGAUUAACACAUGGUUUCAUAUCAUUUGACAGGAUUGUAGACUGUAAGUAGGUUAGAUAUAAUUAUUGAAUAUGAUUACAAUCAAGAGUAAGAACACUAAUUCAGUAUUAUUAUUUGACUGGGUCCCGAGUCCCUCUGUAGGCCAAAAGUUGUGCCCCAACGUCAAAAAGGUUAAGAACUCCUGUUCUGGAAUAUUUUGUACGAGGUGCUUUUAACUGCAAAGGAGACUACUUUUGCAUUUUUUCCUAGCUGACCGUCUCUGGACUAAAUUAAAAUGUUGUAUUAUUAAGAAAAAAACAUCCAGAACAUUAGGUACAAAGCUCAACAAGAACUGAUGAUAAGACAGAUUUGUGGCUACAGUAGGGGUUCCUAAUGUUAAGGUCGCUAAGUGGUUAGCAUAUAAACAAGCACAAAGCCCCACAACCACAACAAUUAAGCACAAAAAGCUGAAUGCUCUCUCCAUGCUGCCAUUGCUUGUCUUUGUUGUAAAUAAGCACAUUAAUAUUUAUUUAUUCCUAGUACUUUCUGUGCUGUAAACCUCCAGAUGCUGACUGUGAGUUUGCUUUUAGGAGUGUUUUAUGAUCAAACUAAAAAUUAAAUUAAAGCGGUAUUUAUGUCUGUCGGAUAAAGCGAAUGGAUCAAUAAAGUUUGGUCGUUUGGAGGAGGAUGCUUGGUUUUUGUGUUUAUGGCAUUGAAGGGGUAUUGCACGUUUUUGUUUUGUUUUUCCUAUCAUUCACAAUCUUUAUGUGAGACAAGCCCACAUAUGUUUUUCUUUUUUUAUGCAUUCUAAAUUGUAAAUAAACACUAGCAAAAGUCAGCUAAAUCCUUAUUUUUGUUGUUUUGCACUGGUUUAUUUCAGGACAGAUAUGUGUUGCUGCAGCAAUUGUGACCUCAUUGUGCCACCUUGAUGGUGAUGAAAAAUGAAAAACACAACCGGUUCCAUGCUGACGUUUAAUCGAUAACCGCUACUUAAUCACCAAAAUAUUCAGCUGGCGUAUCUUCUUGACCUUUCUGACCUUUCUCCUCUGCUUGACAACCCGGCUUAUCUGUGACGGUAUCGCCCGCAAUCCCGCUGAACCUCCUCACCUUGUCCUUAAAGAGCUCUCUGCACGGCCUUCUUUCUUAAGAGAACAGCAUUUUUAUUUAUUUAUUUGUGCAUCAUCCACAAUCCCUCUGUGAGACAAGAACACACAUGUCUUUCUCAUUUCAGUGCGUUCUAAAUUUUGGGGAAAAUGGUAAUUUGAGGCGGCUAACAAUGCAGGUAAUGUGAUUAAUCUACUCUGUGAUUUAGGGCUAUAUAAAUAAACAUUGAUUGAUAAAGCGCUCUAAAAAAAACAUCCAAAAGUACCAACAAGGCUCCAUUUAAAUGCUGUCACAUGCAUAUUGACCAAGCAUCAGCUACAUUGUUACUGUAAGACAGGGGUAGGGAACCUAAGGCUCGCGAGCCAGAUGUGGCUCUUUUGAUGACUGCAUCUGGCUCUCGGAUAAAUCUGAGCCAACAUUGCUUAACACGAUAAGUAAUGAAUAAUUCCACCUGUAAUCACAGUGUUAAAAAUAACGUUCAAAAUAUAAAACAUUCUCAUGCAUUUUUAAUCCAUCCAUCCGUUUUCUACCGCACCUGUUCAAGAAGUUGCGUUAAUGGUAAGAAGUUAUUUAUUUAUUAUUGGUUAGUGUGGGGCUUGCCCUCCUGGGGGUUCUUCAGACCACCAAGCAACGACAUGAGAGCCUGUUUCAGGGUUACAAUAUUGUUUUAUUUUUCAAUAGUCUCUCAGUUGCUUUACAGCAAUUGUCUUUUUCUCUUUAAUUCUCGCUCACGCUCUGGCUCCAGCCCCAACCCUGUCUUUCCUCCUGGCUGCUGCUUAUAACAGAGCGACAGGUGAUUAGAUUACAAGGCACAGGUGGGCCGUCUACGCACGUGUCGCUGAUUUCGAGGCCGAUCCUGGCAACACCCCGCUUCGCUGCAGGCCUGCAGGCUACGCCCCCCCCUCCACAGUUAGCUUCAGUAUAACAAUGUUAUUACAAAGAAUAAGAGACCUGUUGGUCUUACUUAAAAACGCAUGCGUUUAUUUGUGUUCAGUGUUAAUAAAAAUAUUAUAUGGCUCUUACAGAAAUACAUUUUAAAAUAUUUGGCUUUCUUGGCUCACUCAGCCAAAAAGGUUCCCGACCCCUGCUGUAAGAGCUAACACCAAGGAACUACUUUUCUGGCAUAGUGACACAUCGCCUUGUGCACAAUGCUCCUUCGACCACAAUAGCAAGUAGCCAGCUACUAUAUACUAGUUAGCUUGAGCUGCUAAUAACGUUGGCUGCGAAGAAGGAGCUAAUUCUUCUUCUGCUGCUGUAUUACUUUUGAGUUAGAAAAAAUGUUAAUGCUAGGUUAUAAAUCAUACGUUUCACAUGUAUAGUAAA